AUGUCGGCCACCACAACCAACCGCGAAGACAGCCCGAUGUUCGAACCUGACACCACCACUACCCACGCCCCUCUCACACCACCCUCGAGCCAGCCUCCUCUACCACCGAAAGAGACCCUCGCCCUCCCGACAGUCGUCAAAGGCGGUAAGACCAUACCCUACAAUGCCUUACAACUCGAAGGUCGCCCAAACCUGGCAUACUACAGCGACUGCUUCCCCAAAAUCGAAGUCGAACUUCGUAGUCUCUGCGAGGACUUCCUGGCCAUGUACGCCAAGCUCCAAGCUGGGGGCUACCAUCAUCCUGAGGUCAACAAUAUCGUCACCAAGCAGCUAGAGGCCAGUAGGGAUUCUGCAAGACUGUACCCACCGACUUGCAGGGUGGCGAAUCUUGGUUCGAGCGGGAUCGGGAAGUCCUCGACGUUCAACUCGCUUAUUGGGACAGACGGUGUGGCUCGGGAGGACGGGUCUAGUCAUCGUGGGACCUUUCGGCCGCAGGAGAAUGAGCAGUGUCCUGAGAGUCAGGCGACGAAUAAUCAACAGCUGGAAGAGAUCGUACGGGAACAUGUCAAGCACAUCGUCGUGUACCUCGCGCUGGAGGAGGAAGGCCAAGAUGGCGGAGGGACGGAUUUUGAGAAGAGGUUCGCGACUGCAUUUACGUUCUUCACGUUCGUGCUUGCCCACAAGCAUGAGUUCCACGGCCUUGAUACCACAGAAGCGUACUUUCAGGAUCGCUAUGAUCCCUCCGAAGAAAGUAUGACGAACCUGGGUACCGAGCUGUAUAGCGACGUCGUCAAUGCAAAGAAGACAAUGGGAUACUACCACAAGAUUAUGGACUUUCCUGCUCAGGACGACGCGAUUCUGCUCAAGCUUUAUCAGCGUCUUACCAAAUCGAUGGCCGAAGUCACCGCGACAUUCGCAUCUCGACAUCCUUGGCCACUGGUGCAAAAGAUCACGGUCCGCAAGCAGGCCGACGUCCUCCAGGCUGGCAUCAUUCUUGCAGAUCUGCCUGGCAUUGUAGAUCGCGCUAUCAGUGUUGUGAGGUCUGCAAUGGAUUACCUGAAACAUGCCAGUUUUGGCCUGGUCUUCACUAAAGCGCUGCGUGCCGAUGCGGACGACGUUCUGGACGACAACCUCCGUGCAUGCAUUGCGCUGGACUUGAUCAAUCUGGUCUACCUAGUCGUGACGAAGAUUGGAGAGUUAAGCCCGUUCAGUGCUGCGGAGUGGCCGAGACUUGAGCCUGCUGAUCUCGCGAGACUGGAAGGCGCCGAGGCGCUGAGGGAGAGUCUCCAGACAGAGAUGGAUCGAGAUCGAGAUCCGUUAUCAAGAGUUCAGGCGAGCUUCACAGACAAGAUCCGCAGCUUGAAAGGCAGUAAAUACGCGCCCGAUCUUCCUGUGUUCUCCGUUGCGAACAAAGACUACCAGAAACAUUGCACGGAAUAUGCCCUCAACAAGCCUCCGGACCUGCCAAUAGAGGGGACGGGUAUCCCGGGUCUCCGUCGUCUACUGUAUAAGCUGGCUGCUCGUGGGAAAUUCGGUAGUCUGCAACGUUUGAUACGCUAUCGAUUGCCGAGUGUCUUUCAUGGCACAGUGGGCGUGUUGACGAAGACGAAGAUGGAGAUGAAGCAGGGUGUCAUGGAUGUGCUGGUGACGGCACUGCGGCAGGACCAAGGCUUCGUUCAGGGUAUAGUUGGAGAUCUUGACGAGGCAUUCCAGGCGAAGGUACUUGCGGUCUUCGAAAAUGCCGCAUGCUGGGGCAAGAAGAAGUCGGGACAUCUCAGAGCUUGGGAAGGCUAUAUGCCGAGUGCCUUCGAGGCCUUCGAGUCGGCAUUACACGCCGUGGAGGAGGAGACCCGCGCUCGUAUCCACGAGUACUUCCAGCAUCUUGAAUCUGAGCUCGAAAACUGCCACGGCUUCCUCGCCAUCCCAGGCGCCUCAGACUUCAUGGAAGAAAUCCAUCGUGUCCGCGACGAGAUCUUGACGCAAGUACCCGAUCUCUUCGAGCAGCUGGGUACGGGCAAGACUGGCCUCGCUAGUAUCCAGAGUCGUGCGACGUAG